UGUGAAGAGUGAGUGCAGCCUGGAGUGCAGCCUAGAACGCAACCCUAGCACUUCUUGACGGAAGUGACGAACACAACACGGAUGUUUCGUUUCUCGUUUUCCCGCGGUUUGACACCAGCUGUAUGUUCGGGAGUAGAGUUGCUGCUGGAGUUUCUGGAUUGAGUCUCUUUUAGUUUUAAUAGUAUUUCCAUUCAUUGAAACCGUUGCUAACAUUUACCUUCAGAAAUAGUAUGAUAAAGUGCUGAAUAUAUUUGGGAACCACGUCUUUUAAUACAACUUUAGCAGUACGGAUAUGCCUCCCAAAAAGCGGACGCCACAGAACAAGGAAAUAAAGCAAAACAUCAGCAGUUCUGAUAACAAUAAUGUCAAGUCCCCAAGCAAGACUGCAGACGACUCUAUUGUGUCCACGCCUAAACAUAAAGACAAAGACGUAGAUUUCGUUAUUCUCUGUAAGGAUCUUCAAGUGACAAACUCGCUCUGUAAUCACGCCUGGUCAAUAUGGAAGAAAGCGUCGGAUUCCAUGGAGAAAAUGACCGACUCAAACAAACAGUUGUGGGCAGCCUGUCUGUUCGUAGCUGCAAUAGAUAUGGAUGCGUCAACCCCCGGCUUCACGGACGUGCAGAAAGCCGCUGGUCUCAACAUGAAACCAUUCCUUGAAGUGAUGAAGAACUUGGACGUGAACAUAGACAUCAUCAGCCCUAAAGUGAACUCUGCCGUCAGCAGGCUGGAGAAGAAGUAUGACGUCUCUCUGGCACUUUACCAGAGGUUUGAGAAGAUAUGGAAGGACAUCUAUGCACAGAGCGCUGAGGCUGAGAGCACAGAGAUCUUCAAGAGCAUCUGGACCAUGUUCCUGUUGGCGAAAGGAAGUUUUCUUCAGAUGGAGGAUGACCUGGUGAUCUCCUUCCAUCUGCUGAUCUGUGUGCUGGAGUUCUUCAUCAAGCGCUCCCCCUCCUCCCUGCUGAGGCCUCUGUACAGCUCAAAGCUGACCCCCACACGUAGCUCGCGGCGCAACCAGGGCAAAGCCAAACCGCGCCCGCCGGAGGUGAAUGAGCCGCUGCUGGAGGUCGUCUGUAAGGAGAACGAAUGCAGCCUGGACGAGGUGAAAAAUCUGUACGAGACCGUCUUUUCCCCCUUUUUGGAAUCAUCAGGCUUUUCAAAGUCCCAGGAGCUACCAACGUUUGAAGAGCUGUCCAUGAAGUUUGAAGACGUUUUUCUCAAAACUAAAGACUUUGAUGGCAGGCUGUUCCUGAACGGUGAUGAAAAAUGGCACCAGGAGAAACCCGUCAUCAGAGCCCAGGUGGAGAGCACCCCUAAGAAGAAUGAGGAGUUCUCCCCUGCUGUCUUGCAGACUCCCGUCAGGGCAACCUUAUACUCUGUCCAGCAACUCAGGGUCUCUCUCACUUCAGCCAGCGACCAGCCUUCUGAGACACUCAUGAAAUACUUCAAGAACUGCACAGUGAACCCGACAGAGGAGAUCAUUAAGAGGACUGAGCACCUGGGAGAAGUCUUCAGCCACGCUUUCGCUCAGGUGGUCGGGCCUGGCUGCUCAGGCGCAGGCAACCAGAGGUUUGCCCUUGGCCUGCGUCUGUACUACAGAGUAAUGGAGUCCAUGCUGAAAUCGGAGGAGAAAAGGUUGUCCCAACACAACUUCAGUCAACUUCUGAAUAACUCCACAUUCCAUACGUCUCUCCUGUCUUGCUCUCUGGAAGUAGUCAUGGCAACGUACGGGAGUGGUCUGUCCACGGACACGGACCUGAGUUUCCCCUGGCUCCUGGGCGUGUUCAAGCUCCACGGCUUUGACUUCUACAAGGUGAUCGAGAGCUUCAUCAAGGCCGAGCCCAGUCUGAACCGGGACAUGGUGAAGCACCUGGAGCGCUGUGAGCACGUGAUCAUCGAGAGCAUCGCCUGGAGAGCGGACUCCCCUCUGUUUGAGCUGUUGCAACUGGCUGGAGAAGAAGGCCGUCUGGAGCCAGCAGAGCCCCCCGCCUUCCUCCACCAGCCCCCCCAGCACCUCCACACUGCCGCAGACCUCUACCUGUCUCCUGUGCGGCCGAGCAGAUCCCUGCCCCCAGUGCAAGACCGGAGCCCCCCCAGGGCCGCCCUGCCAUCAUCGCCCCCCCCUCAGCCCCUUGCCCAGGCCCACAGACCCCCCAAGUCCAACUCUCUCAGUCACUUCUACAAGAAACUGUACAGGGUGGCGUACCUGCGGCUGAAGAGGCUGUGCACUCGGCUGCUGUCUGACCACCCUGAGCUGGAACUCAUCAUCUGGACCCUGCUGCAGCACACCCUCAAGGAUGAGUACGAGCUGCUCAAGGACAGACACCUGGACCAGCUGAUGAUGUCGGCCAUGUACGCCAUCUGCAAAGUGAAGUUUGUGGACCUGCGCUUCAAAACCAUCGUGACCGCAUACAAAGAACUCCCAAAUACAAUCCAGGAGACAUUUAAGCAAGUCCUGAUCAGUGAGGGCAAGUAUGACUCCAUCAUCGUCUUCUACAACAUGGUCUUCAUGCAGAAGCUCAAAACCAACAUCCUCCAGUAUGCCUCCUCCAGGCUUCCUACCCUGUCUCCCGUCCCUCACAUCCCCCGCAGCCCCUACAAGUAUCCCAACUCCCCCAUGCGCGUCGGCAACGUCUACGUGUCGCCCAUGAAGAGCUGCGCAUCCCCGAUGACCCCUCGCUCCAGGAUCCUAAUAUCACUUGGGGAAUCGUUUGGGAACUCUGAGCGCUUCCAGAAGAUCAAUGAGAUGGUGAAGAGCAGCGAGGGCACCCUGAAGAGGAGGGGAGACGUCGGCUCCGGACCCAAGCCUCUGAAGAGACUGCGCUUCGACACGGACGGACAGGACGAGGCGGACGGCAGCAAACCCAGUGGAGGAUCAGCAUUGAUUCAGAAGCUUACAGAAAUGAGUUCGACCCGCAACCGGAUGCAGGAACAGAAGAUGAAGGAGGAGGCUGAGUCUGUGAGAGAAGAAGUCCCAAGUGUGGAGAAGAACGAAUGAGCUUCAUCUGAGAUGAAGGGGGAAUGGGCUUCUGAUCUGAAGCCCCACCAGCCUUUACUGUUUAGGCACAGGACUCAUUGGGUCGACAGUUAAGCCUGUUCUGGAUCUCGGUGAAUCAUGGACUUCUGGAAUUUUUUUUUUUGUUUUAAAGUUUUUUGUUUUGGAAUUUUUUUUAGUUUUUUCUUCUUUUUUUUUAUCCCUAGGUUUAGGCUAUUAAUGUAACAUUGCAGCCAGGGGCCUGUGACGUGUGUUUUGCUCAUCUGUUGAAUCAUGUUUUUCAUUUUUGUCUGAAUUAUUUUAAUGUAGCAGGUUAGACUGUUAGUUUCAAUAUCUUGAGUGAAGCAAAUCUUUAAGGACUGACCAGAUUAAGAAAAAAAUAAAAUGAAUAAAAAAUUUAACUUUUGAGUAGCUGAAUAUUUCUAAAAUAUUCAAAACCUUUUGAGUAGUUGAGUAGCUUUAUCUAAAUGGUAAAUAUACAACUCCUGUGGUGUUUUGUGAAAUCAAAUUUUGGAUCAUAAUAUAUUUUAGAGGAGGUUGUCGGAUAUUGUUUUGUUUGGUUUUAUCUUUCGUUUUGUUUUGUAUUUUCUUACUGCGAUGGUCCAAAGGUGUUUUUUAAGACUUUAUUUUUCAGAUACUACAGUUAACUGAUUUUAUAAUGUCUGAUAUAUGAACGAAAUGUCUUUUCCCUGUCCAAAAGAAAAAGACAUAAAGCCUUUGGAAAUCCUAUCUGGUAAGAUUAAAUGUAUUAUUGUGUA